AUGGGCUUCCCCGGCGGCGAACCCCCACCGCUACCGUUGCCGACGCUCGUUAAGCUCGGACGCGCGAUCACCGAGCAGCAUGUGGACCGAAUUCUCGCCGCGCUCCUCCGCCGCCGCAGGCAUCGUCUCGUCGGCGCCCUCGCCUCUCAGGCGCUCGCCAACUCCCUGCGCCCCACCGCCCGCACCCACCUCCUUGCCGCCUCCGCGCUGCUCGACUCCGACCUCCCCCAUGACGCCGCUCGGCGUCUCGCUCUCGCCGGGCCGCCCCCCUCAUCCCGUCGCCUCUGGGACGCGCUGCUCCGCCGGGCCUGCGCCCAGCGUGGCAACCCUCGCCUUGCGCUGGAGCUGCUCUCCGCUGGUGUAGAGGAUCACGGAGCUGUCCUUUCCCCGUCCACCUAUGGUGUGAUUAUAUCGGAGUUGUGUGCGCGUGGGGACAUGGCCGGGGCGCUCAAGGUGUUCGAUAUAAUGACAGCGAGGGGGUGUCAGGUGGACGACCGUGUUUGUAGUGUGAUCAUUUCUGGCUUCUCCAAGGCCAGCAAGGUCGAGGCCGGCUUGGAGUUCUACGAUAGAGUGAGGAAGGAGGUCAGAGGGUUUGAGCCAGGCCUGGUGACACUGACUGCGGUUGUGAAUUUGCUUGGGAGGCAGGGGAGAAUUGGUGACGUGGCUGAGCUGAUAAGGGAGAUGGAACAGAAGGAUAUGGUGGGUGAUGCGAUGUUCUAUAGCAGCUUGGUUCAUGGAUACAUGAGCAGUGGCCUGUUGAUGGAAGGGUUCCGGGAGCAUCGGCUGAUGUUAGACAAGGGUGUUGCAGCUGAUGUGGUUAAUUACACUAUUGUUAUUGAUGGGAUGUGUAGAGAAGGUAGCGUGGAGAAAGUGAAGGGGUUCAUAGAUGAGAUGGAGCGACGGGGUGCUAAGCCGAAUUUGAUCACUUAUACAUCACUUGUUGGUGGUUUCUGCAAGAGGAAUAGGCUAGCGGAUGCCUUUUCCAUAGUGAGGAAACUUGAACAGACAGGUGUAGUGGUGGAUGAGUAUGUAUAUUCAAUUUUAAUCGAUAGUUUGUGCAAAAGGGGGGAUUUGGAUAAGGCUAUCUCUUUGCUUGGAGAGAUGGAGGGCAAGGGGGUAAAAGCUGGGACAGUGACAUACAAUGCAGUAAUAAAUGGUUUGUGUAAGGCUGGUGAAACUACCAAGGCCGUGGAAAUGUCUGAAGGUGUUACUGCUGAUAAUUUCACAUAUAGCACGCUGUUACACGGUUACAUUAAGCAAGAGGAUACGACCGGUGUUGUGGCGAUAAAGGCUAGGCUUGAGAGUAGUGGGAUUGCACUUGACGUUGUCACAUGCAAUGUACUUAUCAAAGCAUUAUUUGUGAUCAACAAGGUGGAUGAUGCCUGCAGCUUGUUUCAUAGAAUGCGUGAUAUGGGCUUAAGCCCUAAUACCGUCACCUAUCAUACACUCAUAAACAUGAUGUGUAAACUUGGGGAUUUUGACAGGGCAGUUGAGUUGUUUGAUGAGUACAGGAAAGAUACAUCAUUCUCCAGUACUGUUGUUCACAAUGGCCUGAUCGGAGCACUAUGUAAUGGAGGAAAGGUCACCAUUGCUGAUCAAGUGUUCUAUGAUCUCAUUCAUAAAAAACUAAGGCCUGAUUCCUGUACUUACAGGAAGUUGAUUCAUGCAAAUUUCAAAGAAGGUGGCGAACAAGGUGUGCUAAAUUUCAUUCAUAAGAUGGAAGAACUAGAAAUGGACUUGUUUUCAUCUGUUUGCAAUUAUGCUUCUGAUUUCUUAAGCAGCAGGGAUUGUUGCCAGGCAGCAUUAUAUGUUUACAAGAUACUCAGAACACAAGCCUUUGCUGUAUCAAGCAAAACAUUCUACAGGCUACUCAAGAGCUUACUCCGCAAUGGAAAUGAACAGGUCAUAGAACCAUUGUUAAGUGACUUCAUUAAGAUUCAUGGCCUGCAUGAACCUAGAAUGAUUAAUAUGCUGUCUUGUCACCUCAGCAAGAAGGGUGUUGGUGAAGCUAUUCGGUUUUCAAGUAACAUGAACAGCGGCAGCAUUCCUAUCAGUGUUCUAAGAGGAGCUGUCUUUGCACUAAAGAAAGAAGGUGAAAUUAUGGAUGCAUAUAAUUUUCUCAAGGAAGCUGAACAAAGUGGGUUUUCUGUGGAUCUUGCCAUGUACUCUAUAGUAGUGGAGGGCCUUUGCAAAGGUGGUUAUCUUGAGAAGGCAUUAGACUUGUGUGAAAGCAUGAAAAUAGAAGGGAUUCAUCCAACCAUUAUCAUCCACAACUCUGUUCUCAGUGGUUUGUGCCAGCACGGAUGCUUUACUGAAGCAUUCAGGCUCUUUGAUUACUUAGAAAGAAGCAACAUUCCUCCAACAAUGAUAACUUACACUAUACUUAUAUGUGCUUUGUGCAGAGAAGGUUUCUUAGAUGAUGCAUAUGAAUUGUUUCAGAAAAUGUCCAGCAAAGGUAUCAGACCCACUACCCGUGUUUACAACAUGCUGAUAACUGGUUACUGUAACUAUGGUUUAGCUGAAAAAGCGCUUGAGCUUAUGUCUCAUUUUGAGAAGCUUUGUCUACAUCCGGAUGCUUUUACACUUGGUGCAGUUAUUAGUGGGCAUUGUAUGAAAGGUGACACUGAAGCUGCAUUAGGCUUCUUUAAUGAAUACCAUUGUAAGGAGAUGGUCCCAGAUUUUGUUGGAUUUAUGAGCCUGGUCAAAGGGCUCUAUGCAAAAGGAAGGAUGGAAGAGUCCAGGGGCAUCUUGAGGGAGAUGUUUCAGUCCAAACAAGUUGUUGAGCUAAUAAACAACGUAGGAUAUGAGGUUGAAACAGAAUCUCUUGUUGCUCUUCUGUCUUCUGCAUGUGAGGAAGGGAAGAUCGAUGAGGUUGUGACUAUCCUAAGUGAGGUGAGACUCAUGUCUGUAUCCUCUUCAGAUUCUAAUAUUUCUAAUACACUUGGUCAGUUCAAGAAGCUGAAGAGAACUGAUGAUGCUUGUGAUCCUAGAACAGAUUCAGAACAAGUUCUAAGUUCAGCCGAUUUUGAUGUUUCUAGCAAUUGCCUCCACGGAAGUUCCCGAGGCACAUUGCAACCCAUGACAGAGAGAACUGAUAGUUUAUGCACAACAACUGAUAAUACUGAUAUUGACAAUGGCAAUUUGCUAGGGAAGUCUUUCUAUGACGACUUUGACACAUAUUAUCCUGCUAUUGCUUCCCUUUGCUCAAAAGGGGAGCUGGUUAAGGCCAAUAAGGCAAUUGAAGCAAUGAUUCAGAAUUCUGGUUAA